AUGUUUCUAAAUACUCGUAUCCUGUCGUCGGCUGCGGCGAUUGCAAUAACUUGUGCUGUGUCUGCAGCGGCCUACUACUACAAAAGCCGCAAUGCUGUCGAAAUUAACGAAGUAAUGGUGUUCUGCAAACUACAACUAAAUGCCUAUAAUUACUUUGAUAAAUUGAUCAGCUAUGUAGAAGCAGCUAAGAAAAGUGUUAACGUCUGCAUGCCAAGCAUACACAAUCCCGCCAUUCAAAGUCGGUUGGUAGCAUUGAUAAAGAAAAAGAAUAUCAAAGUUCGUAUCAUAAUUGACCGUACUGGAUAUAAUGAUUCAACAGACUUUUUUAUAAAUGAACUUAUUGAAGCUGGUGCAGAGAUAAAGUGUAAUCUGAAGGAACCAAUAUAUAAGAUGCAACACAAAUUCUGCAUAGUAGACGAUAAACUUCUCAUGACAGGUACUUUGGACUGGGGAAACGACCUCUCAGCCGACCAUUGGAAUUAUGUCUACAUCACUAGUAAGCCACAGCUAGUAGAACCGGUAAAAAACGAAUUUGAUCAAAUGUGGGUUAAAUUUUCAAGCGAUUUAAGUCAGGUCGACAAGCCUUCACCACACGAUAGCGACACAGAGUUCGUAGACGCUAGAAAUACAAAUCCAGAUAUGGAAGUAGUUGAAAUUGUAUCUGAAGGUGACUCAGAACCACAGACUGCACGAGAAAACAACCCUGAUUUAGUUUUAAAUUAGUCAUUGUAUCACUUUUACCUUAAUCUUUUACAAAUGUUUUAUAUGCCAAAACAUGCCCUGUAUAAAUAUCAAUUUAUUAACCUAUUUUAUAACAAGACCAUUAUUUAUUGAAUCAAAUUAAUCUAUUUUUUAUGAUAAACGUUUUAAACUGGCAACCCAGCCAAGGAGGUGCUGGCCUUUUCCUACUCUCCAAUAAAUUGUAUUAAAUUUUUGCCCUAAAAUGUUUACCCUUCACAACUUAAUUUUUUAAUUUCAUAUUUUGAAACUGCUUUUUAGAAGAAAAGUGUUUCUUCACACUGUAAUUUUUUCCUUGUAUGUAUCUGUGUAAUUAUUUCAAUAUUCCUCAUAUAAAUAUUCUUAAUUUCCAAUAACUUACUAUAAAAAUGUAAUCUUAUCACCUUAUUACUUCAGUAUUUGCUAUGGUCAGCUUUGAAUUAUUAUUGAAUAUUUUUAAAUCAUUUUGUAAGUAUCACAUUCAUUAUAAUUUAAUAUAAUUAAGUUAAUAAAUACUAAUGAAGCUGUUUCUAAGAUGGUUUAAUUUCAGCAAAAGUCCCUUGUUUUUCAGAGAUAUUUUUUAAUUAUGAGAUGAGAAAACAGUUUUCACAAACAAUACUUCCACAGUCAAGUACUUUAAGAAAUUACAUAAUCAUUAUAAAACUCUAAUUAACACAUGAUUUGCACCACCAUUCCCUGUUAUUUCAUAAUAUGUAUUGUAUAUUAUGAAACAAAGAAAGAAGUGCAUAUGAUGUUGUUUAUGAGUAUGUAAACUGAAUAUAGUUUAGAUCAAUCAAUUUACUGCUAGCUAUAUGACAAUACAAAAUUCAUAGUAUCUCACAUGGAUCCACAUUCUGGCACAUCACAGGAUAAAUAUAUAAUCAACUAAAUACUAAAACUAAAUUAGUCUUAUGCUCUAUUCCCCACCCCUAAUAGCUUUAUAUUUAGCUAUUUCAUUGGGGAAGGUUUUUGAUAGCUCUGACAGCAGAUGACUCUUGAAGCGCUUGUAUGAAUCAAUCUUGCCUUUGACCUCUUCAUUCUUCGCCAGAGCUUUGUCUAUGCAGUCUUUUGUGUACAGCUGUGGAUUGCGACCUUGGUCAAUGUAACUGAAAAUAAAAUUUUAAAUGUUAUGCUAUG